UGUAUCAACUCCUCAAGGGUUCUUGACCUGAUAUUUGAGGGACUGAGGCAUUAAUUGCUAUACUGCACAAACAAGAAUAAUUUCCUGGAGAAAAGUCAGUGGAUUACUGAUGCGUCGGGGAAGCCACAGAGAUGGGGAGGAGAGAGCCCUGAUUUGACUUUACAUGAGAGCGAUGUCUUCUGCUUUUCUUCAUUCAGUUAACAAGCAGGGGACUUGGUGAUCAACAUUAUUACUGGACUAAAUGAACUGUAAAGAUGGGGACACUUGUCGAAGCGGCGCUGCUGCUACUUUUAUGGCAGAGUGUUUGGACUUUGGACAUUCCUCUGGAGGUCAGACAACCCCCCACCAUCAUAAAGCAGUCAAUGAAGGAGCAUAUUGUUGACCCCAAAGACACCAUGGUCAUAGAGUGUGAAGCCAAAGGAAACCCUCAUCCUAUUUUCUCAUGGAGGCGUAAUGGCAAGUAUUUCAAUGUGGCACGUGACUCCCAGGCAUCAAUGCGCCGGCGCUCAGGGACUCUGGACAUCUAUGCCCGCAAUAAUCCAGAACAGUACGAGGCCGAGUAUCAGUGCAUUGCCUCCAAUGAGUAUGGAUCUGCGUACUCCAACAAGAUCAGACUACAGCUAUACAGAGCUCCUGUGUGGCCGAGGGAGAUUCUGGAGCCUGUGGUGGUCAGUGCUGGUCUGCCUCUGGUCCUGUCCUGUGACCCCCCGCCUGGCCCACCCAAACCUGAAACCUACUGGAUGUCCAGCUGCUCAUAUGCUCGACCUUUCAACUGGCCCAUCCAGACAGCUUUCCCCACCAUGGAGGCUGUGCGGCCGGACCGCAGGGUCUCCAUGGGAGUCAAUGGAGAUCUGUAUUUCUCUAACGUGCUGAUCAAUGACUCUGUCGCUGAUUACUGCUGUAAUGCCCGCUUCCCCUACAAGAACGUCAUUCAACAGAAGAUGCCAGUGGUUGUGAAGGUGCUUUCAACUCGUACGGUGGCUGAGGCUGCCCCCACCUGGUUGUCUCCAACAGGUUCAUCAAGCUCCAUACUGGUCUUGCUAGGGGAGGAGCUGCUCCUGGAGUGCAUUGCUGCAGGGAUGCCAAGUCCCCACAUUACCUGGACCAAGGAUGGAGACGAGCUCGCAGUGACGUCACGCAUGAAAGUAAAGAACUUCAACAAGAUGAUUCAAAUCCCAAAGGCGUCUUUUGACGAUGUGGGUGAAUACACCUGCGCUGCUACCAACAGGUUGGGCUACAUCGAGCACACGAUAACGGUCAGGGUCAAAGCGGCUCCAUUCUGGUUGGAGAAGCCCAUUGAUUUGAUCUUGGCCCCCGAGGAAAACGGACGGCUGGUGUGUCGUUCUGAUGGGGCGCCUCGUCCCACAAUCAGCUGGUUUAUCAAUGGGGAACCAAUUGAAACUGCUGAUCCGCAGCCAAACAGACAGAUGUCAGGAGAUACACUAACCUUCCGUUCCGUGAGCGCCGCCAACACCGGCGUCUACCAGUGCAACGCUUCUAAUCAGUUUGGCUACUUAUUGGCCAAUGCGUUUGUCAACGUGCUACGUAAGUUAAAUGAGCAUCUUGAUCUCACCAGUUGUGUUCACUUCCUCAGGAUCACUCUGGAUGAAUCAAAUCUGGUCAUUACUAAUGUAAACAGAGGCGAUGAAGGCAACUAUACAUGUGUCAUCAAGAAUGAGCUGGACCAGAAGUCUGCCUCAGCGCACCUAAUGGUGAUGGACCGUCCAAAUCCUCCCACUACCUUGGAGUUGUCGGAUCCAUAUGAGCGUACUGUAAGACUCAGCUGGGUUCCUGGAGACAGCAACCACAAUCCCAUCACAGAGUACCUAGUGCAGUAUGAUGACGACGACUGGUUGCCUGGGAAGUGGAGAAACCUUUCAACGUAUCCAGGGACCCUCACCUCGGUCAUCUUGCACCUCACUCCUUUCACCUACUACGAGUUCAGGGUCAUCGCCAUUAAUGAAAUCGGAGCGAGUCAACCCAGUCGUCCUUCUAUGCGAUUCCAGACCAGUGGCGCACCCCCGGAUGUCAUCCCAAAGAAUGUAAAAGGUGUGGGUACAUGGAGAAACAACAUGGAGAUCAGCUGGGAGCCUCUGACCUACAGAGAGUGGAACGGACCCAAACUAAAGUAUCUGGUGUGGUGGAAGAGGAGAGAUUCUCGAGAGGAGUGGAAGAACGCAACCACCAAGUGGCUGAAAUACUACAUCUACGAUGCAGACACCUUCACGCCUUAUGACAUCAAAGUCCAGGCUGUCAACGACUUUGGGCUGGGACCAGAGUCUCCUGUUGUCGUUGGGUAUUCUGGCGAAGACCGUCCAAUAACUGCACCCCUGAACCUGAGAGUGUCCGACAUCGAGAGCACUCAGGUGACUGUACACUGGGACUCUGUGAACCGAGAAUCUAUUAUGGGAGAACUGAAAGAAUACAAGGCGUACUACUGGAGGGACAGCAGCCAGCUGAGGUGGUUGUGGGUCAACAGAGCGAUGAAGUCUAAAUCAUUUUCAGACAAUGGCCCGGAGCCCUCUGGGGUUGUCACCGGGCUUAUUCCCUAUAGCAACUACAAGAUGUACAUAGUGGUGACAAAUAAUCGAUACGAAGGGCCGCCAAGUAAUAACAUACACUUUUCCACACCUGAAGGAGUACCGUCUGUUCCCACGUCCUUCAGGAUCCAACAGCGACAUCUGGACAGCAUUUAUGUUGACUGGGACCUGCCAGCGGAGCCCAACGGUAUCAUUACGGGGUAUUCCCUCAAGUACCAGACAGUGAAUACCACCAGAGGAGAGGAGCUGAGGGUCGAGGAGUUCCCUCCUAAUACAACCAGCUUCUCAAUCCGGAGAUACGACCGCUACACACGAUACAGAUUCUCGGUGGCAGCGCGAACUCGGCUCGGGUUAGGGGAGUGGCACACAGAGGAGUCGCCCCACUACACCACAGAAACGUACGCUCAGGACCAAGUGGACAUCACCACUCAGGGGUGGUUCAUUGGAAUAAUGUGUGCCGUGGCCCUCAUCGUGCUCAUCCUCCUCAUCGUGUGCUUCAUCAAGAGGAGUCGAGGGGGAAAAUACCCAGUUCGUGAAAAAAAGGACAUUUCGCUGGAGCCGGUGGAUGACAAAGAUCAGGAGGGGUCAUUUGAUUAUCGGUCCCUUGAAAGGAUAACACGUGUCUCCACUCUGCCCUACCCUCGAAGAGAGGAGGAAAGAGGGUUGCAAAGAGGCCAGCCGUCUAUGGAGGCGAUGAUGAAGCGAUCAGACAGCGAUGACAGUCUGGUGGAAUAUGGAGAAGGGGGUGAGAUACCGUUCAACGAGGAUGGCUCAUUCAUUGGCCAGUACACAGGAACCAGGAGAGAUGUCAGGGAGUUGGACUUUGGUGGUGGUCUGGAGCUCCACUCACCCAUGAAUACCAUAUACUCCGUGGCGUAACUUUAAACCGCCCUCCUCACUUCGCCACAGCUAUUUGCCACCGUGCUUGUACCCUUCACUUUGAGUCAAGAACCUGAAGGAACUUGUGGUCUACGAAAUUCUGCAGGAGGAAGCCUGAGGAGCUCUUAAACCCUCCUUAUCGUCUGAGACAACACAACUUUCAUGCAUUUGAGGAAAAGGUGGAAAAGUUGGGACCAUCUUUCUACAGAGACACUUCUUCAUCUGAUGAAAAGGAAGCUUUACCUUUCGCUUUAAGAACAAAGAUACUGUGUGUUCAUGCACAUGCCUGUACGUACAUUCAGUAAUCCUGUCAAGAUGCUGGCAGUGCAUGACACGAGAGAGAAAUGGAUCCGUUUAUCAUGUUGAUAAAGGCAGUUGCAAGGACCAACCUAACUACUGUUAUUGCAUCUUUUUCUUUCAGCUAAUUUCAAGAACGAGAUUUGUGUUAUUUUUGUACGCUUGAAAUUUAAAACAAGGGCUGCACACCAAACUUUCACCGUCAGAAGUAUUCCCAGAACAUAGACAGCCUCCUCUUUGUUUCAUACACUUGGCUGAACGUAUGAGAGUGAGAAUGUGAUCGAUGAAGGAAAAUAAAAUAUCUUCAGAGGUUAAUAAUUCAUUUGUCAGUUUGCACUUCGGUCUAAUGGAAAACAAAAGCUCAAACCAUUUGGGGAAUCAGCAAGCAGCCAUAAACCUGCUGUAAAAUCAGAAGUUACUCAUGAACUGGUCUCCUUAAUCUACUCACAAUGGAGAUUAUUAAUCGUUAUGUAACAGCAUUUGUUCAUUUGACUCCUAACAUCAUCUGUGUAUUAAGCCAGUCUUGCCUUAAUUUAAAUAAAGUGCAGGUGUUUAUAUGUCGUAUAUGAAUGUGGAUUCUGCUGCUCUGUUUAAACUUUAAAGGGAUAACCAGGUUUAUCAUUCUUUGAAUAAAAAAUUCUUAGAGUUAC